UUACAGGCUUACUGAACUAAUGCCAUGGCCCAAUGGAAUCAAACCACAGUAUCAGAAUUCAUCCUUGUAGGAUUCACAGAAAAUCCAGUGCUCAGCUCCUCUCUUUUUGUGGUGUUUCUAGCCAUCUAUGUGAUCACUCUUCUCGGAAAUCUAGGGAUGAUUGCACUGAUUCAUCUUGACUCCCAUCUCCAAACACCUAUGUACUUUUUCCUUAGCAACCUGUCCUUCUCAGAUCUCUGUUACUCUACUGUCAUUGUCCCUCAAACCCUAGUGAAUUUCUUGGCUGAAAAGAAAUCCAUUUCUUUCAUUGGUUGCGCUGCUCAGUUUUACUUCUACGCUGUGUUUGCCAGUGUAGAAUGUCUCCUGCUAGCUGCUAUGGCCUAUGACCGUUAUGUGGCCAUCUGUAACCCACUAUUGUACCCUACUGUCAUGUCCAAGAAGGUUUGUAUUUGCCUGGUGCUGGCUUCCUACCUUGUGGGUUGUGCCAAUGGCAUGGUACACACAAACACUACCUUUCGCCUUCCCUUUUGCAGCUCCAAUGUCAUAAACCAUUUUUUUUGUGAUGUACCUUUAAUUCUGAAGCUUGCCUGUUCAAACACUCAACUCAACCAGAUUCUGCUUUUUGUCAUCUCUUCGCUGAUAGGACUGUGCUCAUUCUUCAUCAUCCUUAUCUCUUAUGUCUACAUUAUCACUGCUAUCCAAAGGAUCCACUCAAGCGGGGGAAGGAAGAAGACCUUCUCUACCUGCGGCUCCCAUUUGAUGGCUGUUACCUUGUUCUACACCACCAUUCUUUUCAUCUACCUGAAGCCUUCCUCAAGUGACGUUGAAGCACAAGACCAAGUUGCUGCUGUCUUUUAUACAGUAGUGAUUCCUAUGGUAAACCCUGUCAUCUAUAGCCUAAGGAAUAAGGAGGUGAAGGAAGCACUGAAAAGAAUAGUGAGAAAGAACUGGGUUUCUGCUCAGGCAUAA